GCGUUGCAGGCCCAGAGAGGAGGGGGCCCGCGGGCAAGAUGGCGGCUACUGCGGCCGGCGUGGGCCGGCUGGAAGAAGAAGCUUUGAGGCGAAAAGAACGCCUGAAGGCCCUUCGUGAGAAGACCGGGCGCAAGGACAAAGAAGAUGGGGAGCCAAAGACCAAGCAGCUCAGAGAAGGGGAGGAAGAAGGGGAGAAGCACAGGGAACUUAGGUUGAGAAACUAUGUCCCAGAGGAUGAGGACCUGAAGAGAAGGAGGGUGCCCCAGGCGAAACCAGUUGCAGUGGAAGAAAAGGUGAAGGAACAGCUGGAAGCUGCCAAGCCAGAGCCCGUCAUUGAAGAAGUGGACCUGGCCAACCUCGCGCCCCGCAAGCCUGAUUGGGACCUCAAGAGAGAUGUGGCCAAGAAGCUAGAGAAGCUAGAAAAGCGAACCCAGAGAGCCAUUGCUGAGUUGAUCCGUGAGAGGCUGAAAGGCCAGGAGGACAGCCUGGCCUCUGCAGUGAAUGCCACCACCGAACAAGAGACCUGCGACUCUGACUGAGGCAUGUCCAUCUCCCCACCUCGCUCCCCAUCAGCCUGUCCUAUGGGAGAUGGUCUUGGAACAUGGGGACAGGGCUUGCCAUCCCUUCCAGUUUGGCUUCAAAGCAGUGACUCCCUGCCCUGUUAGCCUGAACCCCACAUGGGGUGAAUCAGCUCCUUGUCUCCUGACUGGUCCCGCCACCCAGAGUGGGAGCAAAGCUACCGGCAACCUGUGAGCUUGCUGUGUCUGUACAUAUGUAUGUAUCUUGAACUGUUUUUUAUUCUCAAAAUAGAGAUAAGCAGACUGUGUAUGGCAGAAAUCUAGUAAAUAUUUCCUGGAUCUUUGGGGGGUGUUGAUUUGUGUUCCAAACUGGGUAGCUGCAAAGGUGAUGCUUAAACAAGUAAGCUCUGUGUUGGACUGAGCGUGGUGAGACUUGGACAGGUGGGAACUACCCAGGCCCGAUCUUCUGGGACCAGAUUCUGGACCCGUCCUUAGUUAGUGAUGAUUUUCUCAAACUGCUGGGUGAUAGAGACAAAGUUUGAGAGAGUUCUUGUAAGCCCUUGACAGGCUUAGGCCUUGCGGUAGUCCUUGGGACAGCCUGGAGAGGCUGCCACCCUAGACCUCUGUGAACCGCAACACAGUGUGAGAGAGGAGAAAGAGACAGCUCAUGAAGAGAGUGAGCUGUGCCCUGGUAAACAUCAGCUCUGGGCUGCUCCAGAUGUGAAGCCUCUGUCACUGUUCUUACCCACUUGCCCGUCCCAGGCAGCCCCUCUUGCCACUUCACUAGUCAGAGCUAGAUUAUGGCUUCCCUGAUACAGGGCCCUUCUGUGGGGGCAGGUGCCCCAUUCUGCUGGAGACUGGGGUCUUACAGACUGAGUUUCAGGUGUGGUCUUCAACUGUGGUUCCCCCAGGUCCUGGCUUUAGGACCAUUAACGUCUCUAUGGAGCUGACUCUCCAGAGUGACUGGCCACAUCUCUGACUCCACGUACCAGUGGCUAACUAGAAUUUCAUCUCCAGGGCUGUUCCUGUGAGUUUUCUCCAGGGUUUCUCCUUGAGCUUCCUACCCCUGUGCUGAGUCAUCAUAGUAUGACAAGUUCCGGAAAUACAGGGCUUAGCUUUGGUGGAUGAGAACUCAGGUUACAGAGGUGUACGCACAGUCAUGUAAUAAAGAAAUGCUUUAUGUUUAAGUUAAAAUUAUGCAGAAUUACCACAAGGUAAUUCAUGUCUGGACACUUGCCACUGUGAUGAGGGCUAAAGUGGUUAAGUGAUGGCUGCUGCGUGAGCAGUGCGACAAGGCCAGGACUCUGAUUCCCACCAGGGACAGGGGUCAGGCAGUUGUCAGCACUGGAGUUAGGCUUUCCCUGCAUAGCCAGAGGCUGGAAGCAGGCUUCCUUGCCAAGGAAUAAAAGGGGAAACAAUAUCCUAACCACUCCUCACACCCCCAAGCUCCAAGAUUGCAUUUGGAAGCAGGAUACUACUCUGUGACCGUGUGAGGACUCAGACUCCUGGUGACUGGCAGCGAGACUGUUACUCAGCACUCAGGACCAGAGUAAGGAUGUCCUCAUUUUGGGAGCACCCAGAGCUCCUGAGUCUACAGCCCCCUCUGUCCUAAUGGAAAAAGUGCCCUGCAGGAAGGGAGAAAAACAAAAACUAGGGCCUCCCCUGGUGGCGCAGCAGUUGAGCACUGGGCUGCGAAGCUGUCCGCAGCCUCUGCAGCACCGGUUCGAUCCCCGGCCACUGGCGAGGGCCCCACAUGGCGCGCAGACCUCUCCUGCCGCCCGCUGC